GAUUAUACACACCAACCUAUUUUUAUUCUUUGUCCUGAUCCUACCCUGUCCUGAGAGGGAAAGUUUGAGUUUUAGAUCAAAACGAUUAAUUUUGUUGAGUUGAGUUGUCCUCGGUUCUAAUGGAAGCAGCAAUGGGAUUGAUGAGAAGGAUGCCUCCAAAACACACAGAGACGGCUCUCACCGCCCUCCUCAGCCUCUUGCCCGGCCACUCCUCCGAUCUACUCUCUCAAGUUGAUCAGCCUCUUAAGGUCCUACGUGAUGGGGAAAAUGAGAAAGAGUUCAUCUUAUGCGAGUACAACAGAGAUGCUGAUUCUUACAGGUCACCUUGGUCAAACAAAUACCAUCCUUCAUUGGAAGACGGGAUGCUUCCAUCUGCUGAAUUGAGGAAACUUGAAAUCGAAGCAAAUGACAUUUUUACUAUAUAUCGUAUUACGAAGGUGGUAUUUCAUCAGUCUAUUUGUGGGGAAGAAGAUGACAAACAAGGCUUUGUCGCAUGCUUUUUAAUUAAAAAAGAUGGAUCAAAAGAUGCACAUGGUAAAAGAGGGUAUCUGAACGAAGGUGGUUGGGAAGCUAUACAUGUUAUCCAGGUGGGCCCAGAACAGGAAGGAAAUGCUAACUACUGUUUAACAAGUACCAUAAUGCUCUCACUCACUACAAAUAGUGAUGAAUCUGGAACAUUCAAUUUGUCAGGAUCAAUAAGGAGACAGAUGAAAGCAGACCUUCCUGUUGAAGAUGGUCAUCUAUGCAAUAUGGGUAAGAUGAUAGAAGAGUUGGAAGGAAAGCUCAGGAAUCAACUUGACCAGGUGUAUUUUGGGAAAACAAAGGAGAUGGUAUGCACUUUGCGCCCUUCUCCUGACCUACCAUCCAUGGCACUACCAGAGAAUAUAAAGCCAUGAAAAGUUAAUGUAGAUUCUGUUUGAGAUGUUUAAAUUGUUACUUUCUCUGGUUGUUCUUCAUUUAAACAUUUUGUUUGGAUUUUUUUUUCAUCAUUGCAAGUAGUAAAAGAUUGUACAAUCUUCAUUUAUGUUUCAAGGUAA